ACGACCAUAAUAUCGCCGGAAAAUUUCAAAUCUUCGCCAGAAAACACGAAAAUCCAUCGGUUUUUCGAUCUUUCCCCCUUUUCCGGCUAGCAAAACCCAAAACCAACGUCAUGCCCAAUCUACUCUCCUCAAAACUGGUCUGUGUUGAGAUUUUGGGGAGAUUUGGAGCACAUUUUUUCCGGCUAAGUCACCGGCAGCGAGUCUCCGACGAGCUUCCGACGAGCUUCCAACGAAGCUCCGACAACCCCUUUUUGGUUAGUUUUCCGACCAUUUUUCACCGUCCUCGCCCGCACCUCACUUCCUCCUGCGUCCUACUUGAGUCUCCAGGUUUGUUUUUCGACUUUACCUUUGUGAAUUGUGGAGAUCGAAUUAGAUAGAGAAGUGAGGUUGAAUUUUUGUGCUUUGCAUGAUUGAAUCUAGAUUUAGGUCGAGGAAUUAGGUGAAUUAGGUCGAUUGAAUGAUGGAUUGAUUUUUGCAUGAGCUUAGUGAGCCUUGGUGGGCGUGUUUGAAUUGAAUUGUGUUUAUUUUUAGAAUUUUCCCACUAAGUGCUAUGUUAUGAAUGCAAGUGGAGUUUAUUCUUGAUUGGUGGAUGGUAGCAACCAUGGUAAGGGUUGUGGCUCAACUUUUUGUGUGCUUGAACCGUGAAUUACCCACAACCAUGCCACGGUGGUUUGAGCUUAAAUGCUUUACCCAUGGUGGAAACACAAGUGUGGGGGGAAUUUCUUUUCCUCCCAAUGAGCAUUAUAUGACGAAUGUUUCCACGUACUGUGUGUGUUUGUACUUGUGCAGGAUGGUUAACUUGGAGCAUGAGUUCAUUAGUUAUUUGGUGAACCACCUGGAGUUUAGUGACAAGUUUGCCUACAGAGUGGCAGCCCGAUUGGGCCCCACUGGCGGCUGGACCUGGACAUGUUUAACUUGUUCAGGUGCCGAGCCGCCAUGACUGGGGUGCUCUGCCAUUCCCAGUGGCACUAGCUCUUGACCAUGGACGAGGAGAUCUUCCACGAGCUGUGCGUGGAGUUCUACUCCACCUUCUCACACAUCGUCUCGGCCGGCAAGAAGAGCCGGCCACAGGUGGAGUUUAUGCUGGGAGGUCAGCCACGAGUGCUGACCUAUGAUGGCUUUGCUCAGGCUAUGGGGCUCGACACCACCCAUAUGACGAUGAUGGAGUGGCAGUACACAGACGACUUCAACUAUCAGGAUACAUUCCGAGCCCUCUGCCGCCCAGAGCACGAGCCAAACGAGUUCGAGGGGAGCCACACCAAUGCGGUGAAGCUGAAGACCCAGUGGAGGAUCCUCCACACUCUGCUCACCAGAUUCGUCGUCCCCAGCCUACAUUCAGGCCACUUGAUGACGAACAGAGGGCUCAUUGCCCUCUACUCGAUGAGGAGUCCAGCAAAGCCAAUCCAUCUGGGAUCGUUGAUCGCCACCUCUUUCGACCGGUGCCUGGGGCGGAAUAGAGUGGACACUAUGCAUAUGGGGGGCAUCAUCACGAGGAUCGCCCAUCACUUCCAGGUGGAUAUGGCUCGCUCAACCAGAGCUGGAAGGAUGGAGCCCAUCCUAGUGGAGACAUUGUAUAACCAGAAGCUGGUACUCCAGGGCGAGAGAGGAGUGGAGUACCUUGACGGACUCUGACCUUUCGGAGUCAUCCGAGCUGCAGUAGCAUUGACUCCAGUAGAGCCUGACCCUGAGGUCCCACCAGCAGCCGAGCAGCCACCUGCUCAUGCACCCGGCCGCCGCCGCCGCCGCCCAGCGCUCCAGCGCCCUGCAUAACAGCCACCACCACCAUCAGCAAGUGAUUCCCUCGUCCAGAGGGUAGUUCGCCUAGAGACGAGCCUCAUGGGAUUCUCAUCCUGCCUCGACCGGCAGUCCGACAUCCUCGAGCUUAUGGCUCGACACCAGGGUAUCCUACUCGAUGCUGAAGAGGGUCCUUCCACCGGAGAGAGGUAGACGAUGAGUAAGACAUGUGGUAGAGCAGAGUCCUUUCGCCCCACUUGUCUACUUAUAACCCAGAACUCGUUUUAUUUUUGUUUUUGUUAUUUUUCUUUAUUUAGUGUGAGUGUGUGAUAUAAACUACUACUAUGUAUUGUGCCUGUAAUAACCUCGCCUCAAGCGAGUCGUAUUGUGUUUGUGUGUGUUUUUUUGUCUCCCCUUGAAGCUCAAUAAUCCUACCCCAGUUCGAUUCCAACUUUCACUCACCAAGCUUAAGCGGUAACAUCAUUAUACCCCUUUCUUACGCCAUUGAGGGUAAUGUCGAGUUUAAGUGGGGGGGGGGGGGGAUAGUUUACUAGUAUGCUUGUGUGAGUGUGAUUAAUGCUUGGGGCCUUUUGAAUGCCCAAAUUUCAAAAAUUUGAGGGCUCCAAGCAAUGGUUGCAUGAGCAAAGUGGUCGGAUGGUGGGAAAUUCUCGUUUCUAUUGGCAUUGAUCUUGACUUGUUGCAUGUGAUCGAGUAUAUCCUAUGAUGAUGACUGAAAAGUUCAUUAGGAUAGGGAAAAAGUUUAGUUCUUGGGUGUGCAUAAAUGAAUGGAUGUCUUGACUUGAUCACUUGUUGCUUACAAUUGCCAUGCAUCGUGUUUGUGAAUUGGAAUAGAUGGUUGGGUAACUAGGUAGCUUGUGAGCUUUGAGCCGAUCGUUUUCUUCCGGUGUAAUAGUUCCCUCUUACCACGGUGUGUAGCAUCACAAGUUGCCACUAGUAAGUAUGAUGGAGGCAUAGGAUUAGUCCACACCCAAAUGUUGAUUGUCCCGAAAUGUGUCAUCCUUUAGUCAACCCCUUUGAGCCGUGUGACUUCGAGGCUCGUUCUCAAUUUAGGAGCUUCGUGCGGGUGAGCUUAAUGGUUUUAAUAUAACGACCCCCAAUCCUUUCUUCGUGUCUAAACAUGAGUCGUCCUUGUCUCCCGGAGCUCUCGCCUUUGAGUUUCCAUAGAGGUUCUACAUAGGAGGUUCGGGUGCGGUCCUUGCUAGGGAUGAGAAAAAUGAAGUGUAGUGUUGGAGUGAGUUCCUCAAAAAGAGAGAAUUGGUCAUUAAAAGUAUAGGUGGCAAGUGUUGUUACUCUCUAGUACCCCCCUCGAAAAGAAAAGAAAAGAAAAGAAAAAAAUAAAAGAGAAACGAAAAAAAGGUAAUAAAAUGGGGAAAAUAAA